AUGGCGCCGCCAGCAGACGAAAGUCCAGCAGAAGUCACCUACGCAGAUGAGCCACUGUCCCUCGACGAGCAAGUCAUCGCCAAGAUUCAAGGCGGUGACUUCAUCGUCGACUGGCUCAGCCCAGAUGACAAGGGCUGCCCCCAGAACCUGCCCACACCCCGCAAAUGGCUCAUCACGCUGGUGCUGGCGCUGUAUGUGCUAUCGACGACCUUUUCGUCGUCCGUGUUCAGCGCAGCUGCUGGCGUAACUGCCGCUGAGUAUAAUACCACGGUGCAGAACAUGGUUUUUGGCGGCACUUCGCUCUUCAUGCUUGGGUUUGCUGUUGGCCCCAUCAUCUUCGGGCCUCUUUCAGAACGCUAUGGGCGAAAGCGCCCCUUGAUGGUCGGCUACGUGACCUUCGCCCUACUCCAACUCCCGGCGGCCAGUGCACAAAGUCUGUACACAAUCUUCGUAUUCCGCUUCCUUCAGGGUGUCUUCGGCGCCGCGCCGUCCGCCAUUCUGAGCGGCACACUCGCCGAUAUCUGGACCCCGAAGCAGCGGGGUUUCGCCAUGCCCUGCACGGGAACCUUUCUCAUGAUCGGGCCCGUCCUCGGUCCCAUGAUCGGCUCAGUCAUUGUCAAGAGCCCGCUACUGGGAUGGCGGUGGAUCUUCAACAUCACGGCCAUCUUUGCCCUUACCGUCGCCGUGGUCACAUAUCCAGCUUUGACCGAGACGUAUUCCCCGAUCCUCUUAGAAAGACGAGCAAAGCGAAUGCGUCAUAUGACGCGCAACUGGGCUCUGCGAGCAAAGUCUGAAGAGCAGGAGAGCAAUCUCAAUGACAUUGUCGAGAAGUGCCUCUCGCGUCCGGCCAAGAUGCUCUUUUUGGAGCCCAUCCUCUUGUUGAUGUCCACUUACAUCUCCGUCGUUUUCGGACUCAUGUACAUCUUUUUCCUCGCCUACCCAAUGUCUUUUGAACGCGAGCGCCAUUGGGACUCCACGUCUGCCGGCCUCCCGCUCCUUGCCAUCUUGUUGGGCACGAUCCUCGGCGGCGCGCUCAUCAUCGCGACAGUCAACACCAAGUUGUCGCCGGAUCCUAAGGCUGGCCGCCCACAGGAAAACAGGCUGUUGCUGAUGAUGAUCGGGACAGUCUGUCUGCCCGUCGGUAUGUUCUGGUUCGCGGCGACGAGUUCGCCAUCGACGGACCCCUGGCCGCAGAUUGUUGCGGGCGUACCUAUCGGUAUUGGCAUCAUCUUGAUAAACAUGCAGGGAAUGAACUACAUCGUGGACUGCUAUGGAAUUAACUCCAACUCGGCGAUCGCGGCCAACACCUUCAUGCGAUCCCUUUUUGCGUCAGGAUUUCCAGUAUUUGCUACAUCCAUGUACACUUCGAUUGGCGUCGCCCGUGCGACUUCACUGCUGGCUUUGUUUGGUGUAGUCUUAGCUCCUAUCCCAUUCCUUUUCUAUCACUAUGGGGACAAGAUUCGAGCUCGCAGCAAGUGGUCGCCCUCAUACGGACGAUGA